ACCUUACUGUCAAAGUGUGCUCAUGGAGGGACACAAAACACAAAUGAGAGUUUUCAUAAUUCCAUUUGGCAGAGAUGCCCAAAGACUGGAUUUGUUGGAAGGCCAAGACUAACUCUUGCAGUUUAUGAUGCUACUGUUGUUUUUAAUGAUG